GAGUCUGGCAUGGAGGGGGGCUCGGGGUCCAGACUUACUGAUUUCCUGAGUGGAAGCCUGGCCACCUGGGCCUUGGGGCUAGCUGGACUGGUGGGGGAGUCUGAGGGACCACAGAACCAAGAGGAUGAGGAGGAAGAAGAGGAGGAGGGGUUCUCUACCCCAGAGAAGAGGUUCCUGCAUCUCAGCGAUGGGGCCCUGCUUCUCCGUGUGCUGGGAAUCAUUGCCCCCAGUUCUAGAGGGGGACCUUGGACGGUUGGGGGCCCUAAGGGUCUUGCAGCCAGGCGAGUCCGGAACUUGAGCCAACUGUGGGGUCGACUCAGGGACUUUUACCAGGAGGAGCUCCAGCUGCUGGUCCUGUCACCACCCCCAGACCUCCAGACGCUGGGGUUUGACCCUCUCUCAGAGGAGGCAGUGGAGGAGCUGGAGGGGGUCCUGAAACUGAUGCUGGGGGCAUCUGUGCAGUGUGAGCACAGGGAACUCUUCAUCCGACACAUCCAGGGCUUCAGCCUUGAGGUCCAGAGCGAGCUGGCCGCCACUAUCCAGGAGGUGACCCAGCCCGGGGCAGGUGUGGUGCUGGCCCUAGCCAGGCCUGAAUCUGGGGAGCUGACGCCCCCUGAACUGGAGCUGCUGUCCUGGAGUCUGAUGGGGAUGUUGUCGAGGCUGGCCCGGGAGCGGGACUUGGGUGCACAGCGGCUGGCUGAAGUGCUGCUGGAAAGGGAGCCAGCCCCUGCCCUGCAGGUAACUCCCACCCAGGCUCUCACGGAGGGGCCCUCGCACCACCUGGCCCUCCAGCUGGCCAAUGCUAAGGCCCAGCUGCGGAGGCUGCGGCAGGAGCUGGAGGAGAAGGCUGAGUUGCUGCUGGACUCCCAGGCCGAGGUGCAGGGCCUCGAGACUGAGAUUAGAAGGCUCCGUCAGGAGACCCAGGCGCUGUCCGGGCAGGCCAAGCGGGCCGAGUUGUACCGCGAGGAGGCUGAGGUGAUGCGGGAGCGGGCUGGCCGCCUACCCCGCCUGCAGGAGGAGCUGCGGCGCUGCCGGGAGCGUCUGCAGGCGGCGGAGACCUGCAAAGGCCAGCUGGAGGAGGAGCGGGCACUCUCGGGGACCCUAGAAGCCUCCAAGGCGCUGCUAGAGGGGCAGCUGGAGGCCGCCCGCGAGCGCUGUGCUCGGCUGCAUGAGAGCCAGCGUGAGAACCUGCUGCUGCGGACCCGGCUGGGCGAGGCCCAUGCGGAGCUGGAGUCCCUUCGGCAGCAGGUGGACCAGCUGUCAGAGGAGAACGUGGAGCUAGAGUUGGAGCUUCGUCGCAGCCUGGAGCCAGCCCCCUGCUCUCCUGAGGAGGCACCCCUGCCAGGAGCAGCCCCUUCCCUGCACGAGGAGGUAAGGGAGGCCGAGGUUGGGCGGCUCCAGACACUGGAGCUGGAGAAUCGGGAGCUUCGCAGCCUGCUUCAGGUGCUGCAGGGGCCCUCAGGGCAACAGCCCCCCCUACUGGAGGACCGCAGUGAGGACUUCUUAGUUCCUGGGCUCAGGGAGCCUCCACAGUCAUCCCAGUCAUCCGUAACAGAAGACCAGGUCUCCCAAACCUGGGAACACCAGGCAAGGGGUGAAGACCCCCAGGAUUUGGGCCUCACCACUUGUACACCAGACUCAGCGCUGCAGAGCUCAGAUGAGCAGCCCCAAGCCUCUGAGAUGGGCCCCCCGGCCAUGGAGAGGCCCCUCUGCACAGCAGCCACAGCCCUUGGGACCUCAGACUCCACCUCUCAGGAUUCAGGCCCUUUGGUGGAGAUACACGGGCCCCUGGAAAAGGCUGGCCAUGACACCUCUCUCCAGACCCCUGCCCCUGUGGGGGCCCCACCCCAGAGUCCAGAGAUCAAAAUCCAGGUCCCUGUGUUGCUGGAAGGGGAGACUGAGGAAAGGGUGGCCUCUCUGGGGCAGUGGACGCCUGAGCCCCAGCGGCUGACACAGGAGGACCCUGGUCUCAAGCCAGAACUUUUGAAUGUCAGCCCGAGUGUAGAUUUGGGGGAGCAGGAGACCCCAGGCCAGAAGCUGGACCUGCUCAGAAAGACAGUGGCCAGAGACCUCAGGCAGAGAGUGGAGGAGGCAGUCGGGGAACCAGCCCAACCCAAACCACUGCAAAGGCUGGAAGGGGCUCCUGACCCUCAAGCCCAGGAGGGGCCCAUCCCAGAGGGGAGCCUGGCGAGUGGUGACCAAGAGCAGGUGAUCCUGAGGGAUGAGGUGGCCCGGCUGAAGAGAGAGGCUGAGAUGCUCAGAGCUGAGCUGGAGGCCCAGGCCCGGAGGCUGGAGGCCCGGGUCAUGGAGGUUGCUCGCCUGGCCGAGGAGCUGGCCGAGGUGCGCCAGGCGGAGGCCGAGGCCCAUCGGGAGGUCGAGGCCCAGGCCCAGGAGCAGGCCCGGCUGCGGGAAGCCGUGCAGGUGGCCAACCGGGAGCUGGAGGCUGCGGCACGGGAGCGAGAGGCGCUGACCGAGGCUCUGGGGGCAGCUGGCCGGGAGCGGAGACAGUGGGAGCGCGAGGGACCCCGGCUGCGGGCACGGGCCGAGGCGGCAGAGGAGCGGCUCCAGGCAAUGGAGAGCGAGGGCCGGGGACACCUGGAGCUGGCCGAGAGGGAGCAGCGGGAGAAGCUGGCCCUCAAGGAGGAGCUGGACAAGGCCGUGGCACGGGGUCAGGAGCUGGGGGCCCGGCUGGAGAACCUGCAGCGGGAGCUGGACCAGGCAGCCCUGGAGCGGCAGGAGUGGCUUCGGGAGCAGGAGUGCCAACACCAGAGGUACCAGGGCCUGGAGCAGCGGCUGGAAGCAGAGCUGCAGGCAGCAGCCACCAGCAAGGAGGAGGCGCUGCUGGAACUCAAGGCCAAGGCCCAGCAGCUGGAGGAGGAGCUGUUCCAGCUUCGUCAGAGCUCCAAGGGGCUGAGGCCAGAGGAGCAAGCUGAGCCUCGGACCCUGGACACCCAGAGCAGCCGGCUCAUUGAGGUGGAGCGCAGUAACGCGGCGCUGACAGCCGAGAAGGAGGCUCUGCGGGGGCAGCUGCAGCAUCUGGAGGGGCAGCUGGGGAACAUGCAGGGGCGGGCCCAGGAGCUGCUGCAGCAGAGUCAGCGGGCACAGGAGCACAGCAGCCGCCUGCAGGCUGAGAAGGCCAUGCUGGAGCGGCAGGGCCAGGAGCUGCACCAGAGGCUAGGAGUUCUGGAGGAGGAGGUGCAGGCAGCGCGGCGCUUCCAGGAGGAGACUCGAGGGCAGCAGCAGGCCCUGCUGAGGGACCACGAGGCCCUGGCCCAGCUGCAGCGGCGGCAGGAGGCCGAGCUCGAGGGGCUGCUGGUCCGGCACCGUGACCUCAAGGCUAACAUGCGGGCGCUGGAGCUGGCGCACCGGGAGCUGCAGGGCCGGCAUGAGCAGCUGCAGGCCCAGCGGGCUAGCUUGGAGGCCCAAGAGACUGCCCUGCUGGCGGAGCGGCAGCGCCUGAUGCAGGAUGGACAUCGGCAGCGGGACUUGGAGGAAGAGCUGCGGCGGCUGCAGAGUGAGCAUGACAGAGCGCAGCUGCUGCUGGCUGAGGUGUCCCGGGAACGCGGGGAGCUGCAGGGUGAGCGCGGGGAGCUGCGGGGGCGUCUGGCGCGGCUGGAGCUGGAGCGGGCGCAGCUGGAGGCACAGAGCCAGCGGCUGCGGGAGUCCAACCAGCAGCUGGACCUCAACGCCUGCCGGCUGACCACACAGUGCGAACUGCUGACACAGCUUCGGGGGGCCCAAGAGGAGGAGAACCGGCAGCUGCUGGCAGAAGUGCAGGCUCUGAGCCGGGAGAACAGGGGGCUCCUGGAACGCAGCCUGGAGAGCCGGGACCACCUGCAUCGCGAGCAGCGGGAGUACCUGGCCCAGCUGAAUGCACUGCGUCGAGAGAAACAGAAGCUGGUGGAGAAGAUCAUGGACCAGUACCGUGUACUCGAGCCUGGGCCCCUGCCCCGGACCAAGAAGGGCAGCUGGCUGGCAGACAAGGUGAAGAGGCUGAUGCGGCCCCGGCGGGAGGGGGGCCCCCCUGGGGGGCCACGCCCACUGGCUGAAGGGGCUGGUAGCACCCUGAGCCUGGGGGGCCCCCUGGAGGCCCAGCUCCCCGAGGGCAGGGAGGCAGAUGGGACAGGACUCCCCUCACCAGCACCCAUGCGCCGGGCCCAGAGCUCCCUGUGUCUACAAGAUGAAACCUUGGCAGCUGGGCAACGGCGAAAACUCAGCUCAAGGUUCCCAGUGGGUCGAAGCUCAGAGUCAUUCAGCCCCGGGGACACCCCCCGGCAGCGAUUCCGACAGCGGCGCCCAGGGCCCCUGGGGGCACCCAGCUCCCAUGGCAAAGGACCGGGCAUGGGAUGGGACGGCUCCGUUGAGACCCUGGCGGAACAUGAAACAGACGUCAGCAGAGAGGGCCCCGAGGUGGAGGAACCAGAGAAACGCCCCCUCGCCUCGUCCCUCAGCCAGUGA